GCUGCGGGGCCGCGGCUGGCGAGAUGUUCAAGAACACGUUCCAGAGCGGCUUCCUCUCCAUCCUCUACAGCAUCGGCAGCAAGCCCCUGCAGAUCUGGGACAAAAAGGUACGGAAUGGCCAUAUCAAAAGAAUAACUGACAAUGACAUCCAGUCCCUGGUGCUAGAAAUUGAAGGGACAAAUGUCAGCACCACAUACAUCACAUGCCCUGCAGACCCCAAGAAGACACUGGGGAUUAAACUGCCUUUCCUCGUCAUGAUCAUCAAAAACCUGAAGAAGUAUUUUACUUUUGAAGUCCAGGUACUAGAUGACAAAAACGUUCGCCGGCGGUUUCGAGCGAGUAACUACCAGAGCACCACCCGCGUCAAGCCUUUCAUCUGUACCAUGCCCAUGCGGCUGGAUGACGGCUGGAACCAGAUUCAGUUCAAUUUGUCUGAUUUCACCCGGCGGGCGUAUGGCACAAACUACAUUGAGACCCUGAGAGUGCAGAUCCAUGCAAACUGUCGUAUCCGAAGGGUUUACUUCUCAGACAGACUCUACUCAGAAGAUGAGCUGCCAGCAGAGUUCAAACUGUAUCUCCCAGUUCAGAACAAGGCCAAACAAUAACUGAACGGCAACUAAGGGGGACAGACUCUGGACGUGACUCCUAGUUAAGGAAAAAACUACAUGGAGACAGUGCAGAAACAUUUCAAUAAUCCACUGUGCUAUGGCUCAUUUAUGACUUCACGUCUUUGUCAUGGACACCAGUGACCACGCCACAGUUCUGUUACUUGCAUUCUAAGUUCAGUGGGGGAAGGCAGAGCUUUGAGUGACACACCACUGCUGGGGUUUCCUGUGCUGCCUGCCCUGGCAUGGGAGAGACACACAACAAAUGCACGGAGUUAAAGACGUCCUUCAAGGCAGAAUCAGACCAAUAUUUCUUCCUACAGUUUAUUCUUUCUUUUAUAUAUUAUCUAAAUAUAUGUAUAUGUUGUGUAAUGCGCAUAAUCUGGAAACAAAUAAAAUGCUAUAUUCUUGGUUUGUAA